AAAAAUGAAUUUAUCUAAACCUUCAUCUUCUGCUUUGUACGCUUCUAGCUUGCUUUAUGCUGGAUUUAAUCAAGAUUUUGGUUGUUUUGCAGUUGGGUUGAAUAUUGGAUUCAGAUUUUAUAAUUGUGAUUAA